CCCAGUGUGAACACGUCGCACUUGCUUUUGAUCAUGGGACUGGUCAAUGGCUCGGGAUCUGGGUCAGACCCUACCCGCAUAACCAUCCUAGGCAAAGACGACAUCACUGUCGACCACGGCAUCUGGCUCGACUUUGUGACUCAUGACCUACUCCAGAACCUCAAGACGUCAACAUAUGUCUUGAUUACCGACACAAACAUCUUCGACACUUACGUUCCACCAUUCCAAAAAGUGUUCAAUGCGGCUUCCCCAGCGACUACGCGGUUGCUCACCUUCGCCAUUCCGCCAGGAGAGGUUUCGAAGAGCCGUCAAACGAAAGCCGCCAUCGAGGAUUGGAUGCUGUCGCAAAAAUGCACAAGAGACACGGUCAUCAUUGCGCUUGGAGGUGGAGUGAUUGGAGACAUGAUAGGCUACGUUGCGGCAACUUUCAUGCGCGGCAUUCGAUUUGUCCAGGUGCCGACGACUUUGCUCUCAAUGGUUGACUCAUCCAUCGGUGGCAAGACUGCGAUUGACACGCCCAUGGGAAAGAACCUCAUUGGGGCUUUCUGGCAACCCUUCCGAAUCUACAUUGACCUAGCAUUUCUCGAGACAUUGCCGAAACGAGAGUUCAUCAACGGCAUGGCUGAGGUCAUUAAAACCGCCGCGAUCUGGGACGAGGACGAAUUCGCAGCACUUGAAGCCAACGCAUCCAUCAUUCUCACCGCAAUCAAGUCGAAUGCCGAGCCUUCACAAAGGCUUGCACCCAUCCGAGAUAUACUUAAGCGGAUCGUGCUGGGCUCUGCCCGAGUCAAAGCCCAAGUGGUUUCCAGCGACGAAAGAGAAGGAGGUCUUCGCAACUUGCUCAACUUUGGACAUUCUAUCGGACAUGCCUUUGAGGCUUUGCUUACUCCCCAACUCCUACACGGCGAAGCUGUCGCCAUUGGCAUGGUCAAAGAGGCCGAGUUGGCUCGCUUCCUCGGCGUCCUUCGGCCUGGCGCAGUGGCCCGGCUGGUCAAAUGCAUUGCUAGCUACGAUCUGCCUACCAAUCUACACGACAAGCGGAUCGUGAAGUUGACAGCGGGUAAGAAGUGUCCCGUGGACGUUCUAUUGGACAAAAUGGCCGUGGACAAGAAGAAUGAUGGAGCAAACAAGAAGAUCGUGCUAUUGUCGGCUAUCGGCAAAACCUACGAGCAGAAGGCCAGCGUGGUUGAGGAUAGUGCUAUAAGGGUUGUCCUGUCACCGGCGACCCGCGUAUUCCCUGGCGUACCUCAAUCUCACAAUACCACGGUGACCCCUCCUGGCUCCAAGAGCAUCUCGAACCGCGCUCUCGUCCUCGCUGCUCUGGGCCAGGGGACUUGCCGCAUCAAAAACUUGCUGCAUUCUGAUGACACUGAGUAUAUGCUGUCUGCUAUUUCAAAGCUCGGCGGUGCAACCUAUGUCUGGGAAGAGGCGGGCGAAGUUCUGGCUGUGGAGGGCAAGGGUGGCAAGCUCAACGCCAGCAAAGAAGCACUGUACUUGGGCAAUGCCGGCACUGCGUCUCGUUUCCUAACUACUGUUGUGGCCUUGUGUAACCCUUCCGACGUUUUGUCAACAGUACUGACUGGGAACGCCCGCAUGAAGGUUCGCCCGAUCGGACCUCUUGUCGAUGCCCUACGAGCUAACGGUUUGGGGAUAAAAUACCUGGGCCAGGAAAAGAGUCUUCCCUUGCAAGUCGAUGCAGCUGGCGGACUCGAGGGCGGCGUCAUUGAACUGGCAGCUACAAUAUCGUCGCAAUACGUUUCAUCCAUUCUCAUGGCUGCCCCGUACGCCAAAAGCCCCGUUACGUUACGGCUUGUAGGCGGAAAGCCAAUUUCUCAGCCCUAUAUCGACAUGACCAUCGCCAUGAUGCGGACUUUUGGCGUUGAUGUGAUCAGAUCGGGCGAGGAACCCAACACCUAUCACAUCCCGAGAGCAGUCUACCAGAACCCGGCCGAGUACGUCGUCGAGAGUGACGCGAGCUCUGCAACUUAUCCUCUGGCCAUCGCCGCGAUCACCGGAACCACCUGCACCGUACCCAACAUUGGCUCAGAGUCGCUGCAGGGAGACUCUCGCUUCGCCGUUGACGUGCUCAAACCUAUGGGUUGCGCAGUUGAGCAAACUGGCACCUCCACUACUGUUACGGGACCGGCAAUUGGUACCCUCAAGGCAAUCGAGCACGUUGACAUGGAGCCAAUGACUGAUGCCUUCCUCACGGCGUCUGUUCUCGCUGCUGUGGCCUCUGGAACCACCAAGAUCAGUGGAAUCGCCAACCAGCGCGUCAAGGAGUGCAAUCGCAUUGGGGCCAUGCGUGAACAGUUAGCCAAGUUUGGCGUUGAGACGGAUGAGUUCGACGACGGCAUCAUUAUUACUGGGCGGUCCUACCAGAAGCUCCAGGAGCCUACGGAAGGUGUGUUCUGCUACGACGAUCACCGCGUUGCCAUGAGUUUCGGUGUGUUGUCGACUGUGUCGCCAACGCCGGUGACUAUCCUCGAGAGAGACUGCACUGGCAAGACAUGGCCAGGUUGGUGGGAUACUAUGUCCCAGUACUUCAGCGUCAGAUUGGACGGUGUCGAUCAGCAUCCCAAGACAGAACCGAUUGUCUCUCACACCAAUUCUCACAAAAACAAGUCGGUGUUUAUCAUUGGCAUGCGUGGUGCCGGUAAGACUACCGCAGGCAGAUGGAUGGCUGAUACGUUGAAGAGGGCCUUCAUCGACCUUGAUGAGGAGUUAGAGAGACGUGCUGGUAUGACCAUUCCUGAAAUGAUCAGGGGCUCCAGGGGUUGGGAGGGGUUCAGAAAAGACGAAGUGGAUCUUCUCCGGGACGUCAUGGAGAAGCAGGGGCACGGUCGCAUCUUCUCUUGCGGUGGUGGCAUUGUAGAGACUCCCGAGGCUCGCAAACUUCUCAUCGCUCAUCGCAAGAAUGGAGGCAUCGUUCUGUUGGUCCACCGCAACACCAAGGAAGUUGUCGAUUACCUUCUUCUGGACAAGACAAGGCCGGCCUACAGAGAAGACAUCGAGGAUGUUUACUAUCGCCGUAAGCCUUUCUUCGAUGACUGCAGCAAUUUCGAAUACUUCAGCCCUCAUCCUCCUGGCACCGUGGCUACCCGCGAGCCUCCAUUGGACUUCCGUCGUUUCGUCAUGGCCUUGUGUGGCGAGAACAGCCAGGUGACACGGGCGUUAUCCAAGCACCUCAGCUUCUUUGUAUCACUUACCGUGCCGGAGGUCGCAUCAUCUUUGGCUCUGAUCCCGACUGUCAUUGUCGGGUCAGAUGCGGUGGAGCUUCGCGCCGACUUGCUGCAAGACUAUUCCCCAGAAUUCGUAGCUCAUCAAGUGGCACUUCUCAGAUCCGUCGCCGAUGUGCCUAUCAUCUUCACCCUGCGAACAAUGGCCCAGGGAGGCAAAUUCCCGGAUGAUGCGUGUGAUCAAGGGCUUGAGCUGUACCAAAAGGCUAGCCGCAUGGGCGUGGAGUUCAUCGACGUUGAGAUGACCCUUCCAGAGAAGGUCAUCCAGGCCGUGGUGGAAAGUAAAGGAUGUUCCCGCAUAAUCGCAUCACACCAUGAUCCCCACGGUACCCUUUCCUGGAAAAACGGCUCUUGGACUCCGUUCUACAACAAAGCUCUUCAAUGGGGAGACGUUAUCAAAUUGGUUGGCACUGCCCAAAGCCUUGAGGAUAAUUACGACUUGGCACGCUUCAAGUCGGAGAUGCUCGCUUCCCACAGGACGCCCAUUAUUGCGCUCAAUAUGGGGAGUGCCGGCAAAUUGAGCCGUGUUCUGAAUGGCUGUCUUACCCCAGUUUCGCAUCCCGGCUUGCCCUUCAAGGCCGCUCCGGGACAACUAUCGGCCGCCGAGAUACGGAAGGCGUUGUCGCUCCUAGGGGGCAUCGAUCCCAAGUCUUUCUACCUGUUUGGCAAACCUAUCUCAGCAUCGAGAUCUCCCGCACUGCAUAACUCGCUUUUCGACCUGGUCGGUCUACCGCACAAGUAUUGGCGGAAGGAGACCGAUGUCGCCGCCGAUGUACGUGACAUCAUUCGUGCUCCAGAUUUCGGCGGCGCAUCUGUCACAAUUCCUCUUAAGCUAGAUAUCAUGAACGAAAUUGACGAGGUUUCGGAAGCUGCUCGGGUUAUUGGAGCUGUCAAUACCAUCAUCCCAGUGUCUGGCAGCGGCCAGGCUGGGGCCAAGCUUGUCGGCGAUAAUACUGACUGGUUAGGGAUGGUUUACGCUCUCCAAUCGGAGGGGACGACUGCUCGCUCAUCCUCAGGGGCCCAACAUGCUGCCAUGGUAAUUGGUUCUGGUGGGACGACGAGAGCGGCCAUUUUCGCCUUGCACUCGCUGGGCUUCGGGCCCAUUUACGCACUUGCGCGCAACACCAACGGCCUUGAGACCCUCAAAGCCUCAUUCCCUCCUGAGUUCCGCAUCGAAGCAUUAAAGAGUGCUGACCAAGUACCCAAGCUGGCAUCGUCACCUACUGUUGUAGUCAGCACGAUUCCCGCUGACAAGCCAGUUGACCCGUCGCUUCGAGAGACACUCAUGGCAAUACUUCGCCACGAGAACGUAGGUGAUGUGACUCGCGUUCUUCUCGAAAUGGCGUAUCAGCCUCGCCAUACCCCGUUGAUGCAACUUGCCGAGGAUGCUGGAUGGACGACUAUUCCAGGCCUUGAAGUACUCGCAGCCCAGGGAUGGUAUCAGUUCCAAAGAUGGACCGAUAUCGUUCCCCAGUAUGAAACCGCUCGGGAAGCCGUACUUGGUGAAUCAAGCAAGACCGAGGCAUGA